UUCGCCUUCUUGACCUCAGUCUGCCAUGGCCUCCCAAUUCUCCCAGCAAUUAUCGGCAAUCCGUCCGAAGCUCAUAAUCUCAGAAACAGAAGAAACUUGGGAUGCAAUUGCGGCAGCUAUAUCGACUUUGGUCAACCUCAUUCGGAAUGCCAUGCCUGACGAAAUCAUUGGCGCUCUUCGUGAAUUUUCGCGAAGCUUAAUCAGUGCUCUUCGUUCAGAGAGAACCAGACUUUGCGGCCAAGCAAUGGAACUGAUCACAGCCGUCUCUUCAGAGCUGGGAAUGUCCUUCGAACCCCUCCUACCCAUUUAUCUGCCAGUCCUCCUCGCGCUCUGUGCACGCGCGAACAAGGUUAUUGUCAGCCGCGCUCGAACUUGUGUGUUCUCUGUAAUAGAGAAUACUCAGCUUCCUGCAGUUCUUCCAUAUUUGCUGCAGAAUAUCAAGGACAAGUCGACUACCUUGCGGCUUGUUGCUGUGGAGAGCACCAUAGCAUGUUUAACUGGAUUCGAUCCUUCAGACCUCCAGAAGGAAGCCCGGAGUCAGGAAAUUGAGGCAAUCAUUAAGAUAGCCUCCAGGGAUGCCAAUGCAGAUAUUAGGAAGGCGGGCAAAAAGGCUUUCAAUGCCUAUAAAGUUGCUUUACCCAAUCGGAUUGAUCAAUUUGUGAAACCCCUCACUCCCAAAAUAAGAAAAUAUCUAGAGAUACCGAAACCAGCAACGACCGCCUCAUCUUCUACGUCAAUCGGUGGACAACCGCCGAAUAAGAAGCCAGUUACUCCACAACUUUCAUCAUCUACUUCUGCUGUUGCCAACAGCAGUAAUACUCGCAGUAAUAGCACAAGCACUAACCAUUCUCUUCAACCACCCCCUCGACCCGUAUCAGUACCACCCGCUCAUCCCACAGGAAGCACAAUGACGUUGACGGCCUCCCAACGAGAUGCUGUCCGUGUUGCAAUGACCGGCGCACCUACACGCCCACCACAGGUUUCCAAACCUUUAUCCUCGUCUUUGAUGGCGCCUCCAGCAAUGCCGAUCCGUCCUGCACUCCAUCUUUCGCGUCCCCCAUCAUCAACUUCUUAUCAUGCUGCCCCACAGAGGCCGACCCAUUCUCGAACAGCCUCAGCCUCUUCAAGUGCUGCAGCGCAAGCGGCACCGAUACGGAUGCAACCUGCGCCAGUACGUGCUGAACAAGGCCAGUCUCGUGAUAGGUCGACCAUUCCACGGCAACCCCCACCACAACGUUUCCCAAUCAUUGCAGUAGAAAAAACCUCUCAACAGGAGAAGAAGGUAGAAAUACCGAAACCGGUACCUCAUUUACGAAGCCGGGCUGUCUCAAUGAAGGACCUCAAAGUGGGAUCACAUUCAGCCGCCUACGAAACAAAGGACAAAGAAGUUCUCAGAAGCAACCAUGCUAGCGGCUCCAAGCCUGACACAACCGGUGGCGCACAGUCGUCCAAGUCUACGAGCGGACUAUCUACCCAAGCCUCUGUUAACUUCACUGUCUCCAGCCGUGCUGCGACCACGAAGGCCACUGUCACGAGCCGCUUCAAGCCGACCUCAAAUCUCACAACUACCACUAAAGUCCGAUCGGGCCUCACCGCACCUACCGCCUCUUCCCAGUCAAAGACUCAGCCCAAAAUCGUUCACACCAAGAGGAGUGUGGCGGCACUUAAUGCCAAGAGGAAAGAUACUCAAGUGUCAUCCAGCUCUGUAAACAACGCAGCAAAGCAGCCUCGCCUUCAGUCUACGAAGAGCAGCAUUGACUUACGUCGAGAGAAGGAACAAACAGCGAUCAACUCGCGGCUCAGAUCUCGCACAGUGACUGCUCCUCCCAGCCAAGAAGGCGAUCAUGUCAGCCGACCACCCAACAGGAAGGAAACACCUCAGACUCUGGAAAGGGAAAGGGACAGGGAAAACACCGAGGAUCAGUCGUCGCAUGCUACGAUAGAAGACCAAGCUACAGACGAGGAAUUAGUUGAACCACAGCCCUCCGCCGAACGACCAUUGGCCACUGAGGACAACCCGAUUCAGCCACCGUCUUCUACGAAAUCUUCAUCCGAAAUCAUACCAACAGAAACGCCCGGAUGUAACAAAAAUGGGACUGCCGACUCGGAAAAUCAGCCACCUGUGCCUCCUCAGAUUCAGGUUCAGGAGGACAAUGUCCGAUCGGAACAAGACCCCGGCACUCCUGCCAACAAUCGCACAAAGAAGCUGGACGGAGGCGAUCAGGCAAAGACUCCCAUAUCAGCGCUUCUGCUCUCUAUCGAGGAAGGGUUUAUGGUCAGCCCGGUCAGACCUUUGUCGCCGCCAGAGAAGUAUUUACAUUUGGACCCGAAUGCAGAUGGGGGCUUCCGUUUCGGUAUCCCAAAACUUACACCAAUCAGUCAGGUGGGAACGUGAACAGGGAGCUAUGUUAGGCCAUCUCGAAGUCAACCAGUGAUGGAGUUGGAUCAUGGAUGAUUAUCGAGGACUAUCUUCCCAUCACUGUCUUUUCAUAUCCCCAUCCUAGACACACGUACAUCACAUUGGUCACUGUAACAAUUCUAGAUACAUGCAUUCCUAUUGAUAUGUUAUGCUUGAUAAAUUGUGAUAAUCUCGGUUGAGUCUUGUAAGUACAAGUUGUUCAACCUCGUCGUCUACAUCCC